GCCUAUCUGGCGAAAGUCCCGCGAAUUCAACCACCAAGCUAGGCACUCCCCUCUGGCGGCCCUCUCGCUCUUCUGUUCUACCUCUCACCCUCGCGAGAUGUAUCCGUGAGGCAGCAACACGAUGCCCGACUCAGUGCAGCAGCGCCCCAAAGACGCCGAGGAGACGCGCAAGCGCGCCGUGGCUUUUCUUCGCGACAUCCUGAAGAAGAGCAAUGGUAAGUCCUCCGAGGACAUUGCCGUCAGCAUUCUGAAUCUGGCGCUGGAGGAUGGCAAUCCAGUGCGGGAAUUCUUUAUUCAUUCUAAGUCGCGUACUUCUGCCGCUUCAUCCGAACGCUCUGUCAAGUCUCGCAGCUCUUCGAAGAUUUUGAGAAUUGCGAGGCGAGAGUAUUCGAAGAUUUCGCCGAGUAAGACGCCGACGCCCAAUCAACAGCUGUCCGGUUCGAAGACGACUGGUGUUCCCGAUGGGGGUAAAUCAGAUGGCCAGAAUCAAGCGGAGAGGUCGAAAUCAAAGGAGAAUGAAGAUUCGAAGCCCAGCAAGACCCCGGCUGAAAUGCCAUAUCGGUGCAUUGUGUGCAACGAAGACCUCAGUUACAAAGGCGUCUGCAAACGGCAUCUGGACGAGCAGCACGUGACCCCGAACGUGUUCCAAUGCGAAAGAUGCAACCAGUGUUUCGACACCAAAGCUGAGGCCAAGAAGCAUUGCAACCGCUGCGGCAUGGGAAACUUCCAUUGGAACGUCGUCAAGCCGCCGGCCAAGACCAUCUACGCCUCGGAAUACACGGAUGAAUGGUUCUCAUCCAAGUCAAUGUACCUGGAGCAUCUCCUCAAGCUAUCCAAAAAGGGGAGCACUCGCCCGAAAGCGAGCCUGAAUCGCAAGCUGCGCACGCUUCUCGGACAUCCCAGCCUGGUGGAACACGUCAUUGAUAUGAGCGAGGUGACCUUAGGGCUCGGCGAUGCAUGGAAACGGCUGCGAUGGUCGGACACGCAACUCCAGCUGGCGAUCCAGCAACUCGAAGAUGCGGCGGUGGUGCACGAAAACGGCAUCAUCACUUUCGAGGGACAUACACAGCCCGCGCUCAACGUCCGCCAUUUCUUACAUGCGUUGAUCAGCGCCGGAACGUUGUCAGAUGUUCAAUCCCAUCCUGGCUCUCCUCCCCCUCAGCAAUCAGAUGGCCGACAUGAUCGACGUCGCUCUUCUGUUUCAACUGCCAUUCGUCGUUCAACCCUUGGGGUACCAGGCAUGUCUGCAGCGAAUGCAUCUGCUGCAGCUACACUACCCAGCAGCGGAUAUGCUCUAAACGGCACCAUCGCCGCCCAGCAAAGUGCUCCAACACGCCGACACACACCUUCCGCUCGGGAAAUGCGGGCCAAGAGACAUCGCUCCGACCUCAGCGGUUCAACCGAAGCCACCAGGAAAGCCCCUGGGCCUCCCAGGACCCCAGUGGGUCUCCAAUAUCCACCUACUGCACAUGUCCAGGUGCCAGACCCCAGAUACGCAGGACUGGGAUCCACAGUCCUACCAGAGCGACCAAUGGUCGACCACAUAUCUCAGCAAUACGCCGCAGCCAACAGCCUCGUAUCCCAACCACAAGCCUACGACCUCAUGAGCCCAGCAACGACAAUGCAGCCCCCAGACCUCGACAGUACCUCCUCCCUAGGCACCAUCCCCCAAGAACCCGACAUGCAAUACGCCCCUCCGCCGCCACAGCCCCCCGCGCCCGCAGGAGCCUACAACCUCUGGCCCCAAAACGGCCUCGAAUUCCAAUUCGACGCCUUCAAAUCCGUCAACCGCAAUAUGCAUCAUGAUCCCGGCGGCUACGGCUACCCCAGCGACUCCUCCACGCGCGCAUCGAUUGUGAGUUACUUUGAUUCGAGCGAGGAUGAGCAGCAGCAUUCGCAGCAGCAUCCGCAGCAGGGCAUGACGGAUUAUGCACCUUACCUUGAUUAUGGCGUUGUGAGCGGGAUGGGCACGUUUUUGUUGGACGAUGACGAGCAGAAUGAAAUGUCGGCGUUGAAUCAGCGGUUUUCGGGAUUUUGAGGGGAGGCAUGGAUGUCAUGGACUUGCGAGGGAUUUCUUCUUUCUUCCAAUUUCACGUAUGCGAAUCGAAUUCACGCUUUCUU